AAAGAAUUUAGAUUAUUUAACAAUAAUAAAAAGAGUUCAUUGUAAUAUUUAUAGAAAUUGUAGAUAUAAUUUAAAUUCUCUUUUUAUACAAAUGCAUUCUAUAAAGCAAAUAUCGAAUAUAAUCAAUUUAUAUUAUAAAAGUUAUUCACGAAGAUGUUUAACCUCUAAAUCAUCUGAAAAUGUAGAAAUUGAAAGAGAACAAAAGGAAAAAAAUAUUGUAGUGCAACAUUUUGAAAAUGUUGCUAUGAUUGGUAUAAAUCGACCUGAAACAAAAAAUGCUUUAAAUGUUGUAACUGCACAAGAACUGGCAGAUGAAAUAGAUAAAUUUGAAAAUGAUGAAAACUGUUUAAUUGGUAUACUUCAUGGAAUAGGAGGAAAUUUUUGUAGUGGUUAUGAUCUUAAAGAAAUUGCACAAUACAAUGGAAAAAAUGAAGAAGUUUUACCUCAAUUUGGAUCAUUGGCUAAUAAAAUUGAAUUGAGUAAGAAACCUUUAAUAGCUGCUAUAAACGGAUAUGCUCUAGGAGUAGGAUUUGAACUUGCAUUAAUGUGUGAUCUUAGAGUAAUGGAAGAAAGUGCAUUAUUAGGUUUUGCCAAUAGACGAUUUGGGAUACCCAUAUUAUGUGGUGGUACAGUUCGAUUACCUGCUUUAAUUGGAUAUUCAAGAGCAAUAGAUUUGAUUCUAACUGGUCGUCAUAUUGGUGCAAAAGAAGCAUUUUCAUAUGGUUUAAUUAAUCGUUAUACAUCUGUUGGUAACGUGAUAGGACAUACAGUAAAUUUUGCAAGAUCUUUUGUGAAGUUUCCUAAAAAAACACUGCUUGCCGAUCGAGCUUCUGUACAUUAUGCUACAUUUUCUGCUAAACAAUUAGAAGAAGCUAUACAAUUUGAGAAAGACAAUGCAUCUCAUUUAUUAUUUGAAGAAGGAGUUGAAGGUGCAAAAAGAUUUGUUACAGAAGGAUUAGGAAAACAUGGAAAAUUUUAUAAUAUUACGGAAAUAAAUAUGAAAUUUAAAGAAUUAGAUAAAGAUCUUUUAUGAAGAUUCUAUAAAAAUAAAUUUGUUUUAAAAUUUUGUACAUAGAAAAUUA